AUGGUGUUUACAUGUCCUGUGGUCGCCGUGAGCGAGCCUACUGCAACUCAGAGCGCGAUCUACAGGCGCCAGACAUCCGCGGAGGGCUUUCCGACGUUGGACGGCAUCGAGACGCUCUAUGAGUCGUUCGAGAAGAGCGUCACCCAGCACAAAGGCCUGCCUGCGCUCGGCUGGCGCGAACUCGACAAGGCUACCGGAAAUGUCGGUGAUUUCCAGUGGAUGACAUAUGGGGAGGCAGCAGAGCGCGUGGCGCACAUCGCUUCGGCCCUCGCUCAGCUGGGGAUUGUGGCGCAGGACCGUGUGGGGGUGUAUGGCGCCAACUGUCCCGAGUGGAUGAUCGCCAUGCAGGCGUGCAACCGGAUGUCGUACGAGUGCGUCCCGCUCUACGACUCUCUGGGCGACAACGCGAUCGAGUUUGUGGUGCGGCACAGCGAGAUGGUGGCGGUGGUGGUGGCGGCGGGCAAGCUGGCCAAGCUGGCAAAGGGCCUAGAGGAUCUGCAGGCGAGCGGUGAGGGCCGCGUGAAGAGUGUUGUGCACUGGGGAGAGGGCGCCGACGCGGCCGCCAUCAAGUCGCUCGAGUCCAAGGGGUUCAAGGUGCUGAGCUGGGGGGAUGCCCUGGACGCCGGCGCCGCGUCACCGGCCGAGCCGGUGCCGCCGUCGCCUGAUGACUACUGCACCAUCAUGUACACCAGCGGCACGACGGGCGACCCCAAGGGCGUGCUGAUCAAGCACAGCGCUGUGGUGGCGGCGGUGGCAAACGUCAUCUACUACUGCAAGGAGAUUGAUUACGAGGUCGGGCCCGGGGACAGCCUGCUGUCAUACCUGCCGCUGGCGCACAUCUUUGACAGGGUGGCGGAGGAGCUGGUGCUGCACGUCGGCGGCCGCGUCGGCUACUGGCAGAACGACACCACAAAGCUGAUCGACGACAUCGGCGCCCUCAAGCCCACCAUCUUCAUCGGGGUGCCGCGCAUCUUCGACCGGAUCCACGCCGCAGUCACGGGGCAGAUCAAGAAGGCCAGCCCGAUCAAGAAGUUCCUGUUCCACUGGGGCUUUGCGCGCAAGAGGUUCUUCCUGCAGAGCGCCUUCAGCCAGGAGGGGGCAGCCCCAUUCUUCGACAAGCUGGUGUUCAGCAAGGUCAAGAAGCGCCUGGGCGGGCACGUGAAGGUCAUCAUCAGCGGCGGCGCCCCCCUGGCGCCCCACGUCGAGGAGUUCCUGCGCGUCGCCAUGUGCGCCCCCGUGGUGCAGGGCUACGGGCUCACAGAGUGCUGCGCGGGCGCGUCCAUCGCUAUCGCGGACAACUGGGAGCAGUUUGCGACAAACGGCCCGCCGCUGCCCUGCAUCGAGAUCCGGUUCGAGAGCGUGCCCGAGAUGGGCUAUGACGCCACAGACAAGGCGGCGCCCGCGGGUGAGGUGCUGCUGCGGGGCCCCUGCCUGUUCAGCGGCUACUUCAAGCAGCAGGACAAGACCGAGGAGGUCGUGGACUCUGACGGCUGGUUCCAUACGGGGGACAUUGGGACGCUGACGUCAUCGGGCGCCCUCAAGAUCAUCGACCGCAAGAAGAACAUCUUCAAGCUCAGUCAGGGGGAGUACAUCGCUGUGGAGAAGCUGGAGACGACGUACAGCAAGGCGCCCCCCGCAGAGCAGGCAAGCGCGGCCUCAAGCGCGCGCGCUGUGUGGGUGUAUGGCGACUCCUUCCAGUCAAAGCUGGUGGCUGUGGUGGUGCCCAAGCAGCACGCGCUCCAGGACUGGGCCAAAGCACAGGGCAAGGAGGUCGUGGCCGAAAUACCAUCAACGCACGUCGAGCCAGUCACGUCGUUUGAGGAGCUCUGCCGGGACCCUGAGGCCGCGGACUGGGUGCUGAAGCAGCUGGCAGCCGCGGGCAAGGCGGACCGGCUCAAGGGCUUCGAGCGCAUUGCAGCGGUACACCUCGACUCGGAGCCGUUUGGCAUUGAGAACGACCUGCUGACUCCGACCUUCAAGCUCAAGCGCGCGGCUCUCAAGAAGCACUACCAGGCGGACAUCGACCGGCUGUACGCAGACCUGAAUGCAGCCGCCGCAGCUGCACCCGCGGGCCCGUGA